CAACUCUUGGUUCCUCUCCACGCGCGACAUCAUGGCCGACAUCUGGGCCGCUGAUGCCAACAAGGCACUCUCAAUCAGGCUAGUGGGCGCACCAUCUCCUGCUGACAAGCCAUUCUCGCCCGAAUUCACGUAUCAGGUCGGUUUCGGCCAAGAAGAGACAAUCUUCGGCUACACAAACCUCUCCAUCCUUCUCACCUUCUCGGCUUCCUCUCUGCUCCCCCUCCUGUCCGUCAACUUUUCAACAGUAAACGAGGCGACGACUGCCAAGAUCGAUGACAUCCCUGCCAUUCUGAGCGAGUUUCUCCCGCCGGACCAUACCAUUGACGCCGAGGAGCAUGCAAAGAAGCUGGAGGAGGAUAUCAAGGGAUGGAAACCGCUGGGUGACAAGGUAGGGGAAUACAGUAGGCCAGGUGGGGCCUCCAAGGGGAAGGGGAAAGCAGGGAGUAAGAGACCUGCGCCGGGGACUUCGGCCAAUGGAGCUGCAUCCUCCUCAUCGUCCUCGUCAGCAGGCGCAGCUGCUGGCGAUAGCGAUGCCCUGCAUUUCGAGAUCUAUCGCAGCAAUUGGCAAACUCCAGGCUGGCGAGACUUCCAUCGUCGUAUGCAGAUCUUCGCCCUCUUCUUCAUCGAAGGGGCGAGCUAUAUCCAUGAGGAUGAGGGGAACUGGGAGUGGUUGACUACCUGGCAGCGCUGGGUCGAUGACGAGGGAAGGACGCGAUGGGCUUUCGUGGGCUACACCAGCCUUUACCGCUUCUGGCACUACCCUUCCUCAGCCCGUCUGCGCCUCUCACAGUUCAUCAUCCUCCCGCCCUAUCACAAGCAAGGGCACGGCUCCCGCCUCUACGCACACGUCUACGCUCAAGCGCAAGCAGACGAAGCCGUCACCGAGCUGACAAUCGAGGAUCCCAACGAGGCAUUCGACCAACUGCGCGAUACGUGCGAUCUCAAGACACUCUUGCAGCCUGGAGGCAUCGUUGCGCAGAUGAAAGAGGAGCAGCCGGAGAGGGGAGGCAUUGGAGCACCACUGGGAAAGGCAAGGAGCGAGCGAUGGAGAUUGAAGGCAAAGAUUGCAAAGAGGCAGUGGAGUCGGUUGAUUGAGAUGCUCCAACUCAUGGAGCUCGACCCUUCAGACCGGGCCGCUAUCAAGGCGUACAGGCUGCAAGUCAAGGCAAGGCUGUACCGCUUCAACAAGGACGUUCUGACCGACCUUCCGCUCUCGGAGCGUCAUCAAAAGCUGCAAGAGACGUACGAGAAUCUUCUCGAGGCAGAGUAUGGGGAGUUGGUUGGUGUGGAUGUUGAGCCCUUUCUCGAUGGUCCGGACAGUAGUAGUAGCGAUGGGAUGGGGAACGGGGUAAAGAGAUUCAAGGGGGAUGAUGAUGAGUGAGAGAGGGGAGAAGCGGCGUGGGCAUUUACCCCGCAGGCCGUCGUCAGUCUGCUCGUCUCAUCACUCUGUGUCAACACCAUCGAGAUCUGUACGCGCGCUUGCCAAAGUAACAGCCUUUCUUUAAUGUUGUUAAGGUCGAAUCGUGGAAUGACGAGGGUUGAACUUGCGAGGGAGGAGCGAAUGAACGGAAC